AUGAAGCAAGCAACUGGACUGUCUACGGAAGCGAGCAAGAAUGUGGAAGAAUUGGGAGAGUUUGGAGAGUUUGGAGCAGGUUCGUUGUUGUCGCAACAAGCAGCUCCGGUGCCACUAUUACAAAGAGUCUUCCAUGCUACCAAAUCCUCGGUGGUUUCAACUUUUCAGAAAACCGCAUCUAUCAGCACCACUGACAUUUCCCUACUGAAAAGUUUUCCAGGCAAUGUGGUCACUCAAACCCACAAUAGUAGAAGAGUUGCUGCUGAGCCCUUGAAAGAGGGCGGAAAUAUGCUGCGCUAUUACGCCUUCACUGUGGGAGCGCGAGGCUACUUUGAAAUUUACGACCGCCCUCCGCCGGGACAGUUCUGGACCAAGGAAGAAUUCAAAGCGUUGAAGAUGGCAAGAAACGAGGAAGAGGAAAAAUGUUGGAGGAAAAGACAGGAGAGGGAAAGAGUGAGGAGAGCAAGGUACGAACAGUCGGAUGAUUUCAAAGAGAUAAUGGAAGGGGAAGAGCUCAUCAGGAAGCUCGACGAGAGACUUUUUCGCGAAAGAUACGGCAGUGGUCCUUCUGAAGAAUUCUUCACUGCGAGAAUGUGGCGUGACGGCCAGGAUACAGACAUCGAAGCCGACGAAGAGCAAUUUCAAAAGUAUUAG